AUGGAGAAGCAUUCAGCUCCAGCCGUCGAAGAGAAGGGAAUGUCCCCGCAACAUGCAGUACUGGACGUGCCAGAGGUGACAUGGUGGAAGUCUCCUGGAUUACAAUCACUCUAUUUCAUGAUGCCCAUCCUCUUUCUCGGAGCCACCGUCAACGGCUACGACGGUUCCCUCCUCAACGGCCUGCGAACCAGCGAACAGUGGCAGACCUACUUCGACAAUCCUGACGGAUCGCAGCUUGGACUCUUCACGGCCAUUCAGAACAUUGGUGCGGUGUGUGCACUUCCGUUCUCGGCCUACGCUGCAGACCUUUUUGGGCGCCGCAUUGGUGUUGCUGCCGGCAUCGUCGUCAUCUUUGUUGGAACGAUCCUACAGGUCGUCCCAACGGUUGACAGCGGGCUGUUCAUUGGGGGUCGUUUCCUUGUGGGCUUUGGAUCGAACGUUGCUCAGGGUUCCGCACCAUUGCUCAUCAUGGAGCUCGCAUACCCGCAGCACCGGGGCAAAAUCACCACCAUGUACAACACCCUGUGGUAUGUCGGAUCGAUCAUCGCAGCUUGGACCGUAUACGGCACCUUGAAGUACGAUGGGGACGCCGCCUGGAGAAUACCGGUGGGCUUGCAAGCCCUCAUGCCUCUGGUACAGUUCAUCGGCAUCUGGUUCCUACCAGAGAAUCCAAGGUGGCUGGUCAGCAAAGACAGGGGAGAACAAGCAUUGAAAAUCCUGGUGAAGUACCACGCCGAUGGGAACAGCCAGGAUGCUUUCGUGCAGGCCGAAUUUGUCGAGAUACAAGAGACUAUCGAGUUGGAGAAGCAAGCUAAGAGCCAGGGCUGGUCUGUUCUGGUUCGGACACCUGGGAAUCGUAAGCGGCUCCUGCUGAUCGUGCUGGUGUCGUUCUUCUCCCAAUGCUCCGGCAACGGCAUCGCGUCAUACUAUCUGCACGACAUCUUGAAUUCCGUGGGAGUGACGAACUCGAGCGAUCAAUCACUGGUAAACGGCGGUCUGCAGAUCUGGUCUUUCUUGGUGGCCAUCGGCUUCUCCACCCAGCUGGUAGACAAAUUCGGCCGCCGCACUCUCUUCUUGAUCGCUGCCGUUGGCAUGCUCCUGGCUUUCAGCGUCUGGACAGGCUGCUCAGCGGUGUACGCACAAAGUGGAAACACUGGCGCCGGAAGUGCCGUGAUUGCAAUGGUGUUCCUCUUCUACUUGGCUGCCGGGUUCGCCUGGCCUGGGUUGACCGUUGCGUAUGUCGCAGAGAUCUUGCCCUUCAACAUCCGUGCCAAAUGGCUUGCGAUUGGCUUCGCUUGCACAUCGGCCUCGUCUGUUCUCAAUCAAUACGUCAACCCGAUCGGCCUCCAGGAGUUGAAUUGGAAAUUCUACUUCGUGUACAUCGUGAUUUUGGUCAUCGAAGUCCUGGUAAUCUACUUCGUCUUCGUCGAAACGAAAGGGCCGACCCUGGAAGAGAUCGCUUUACUGUUUGAUGGGGACCAGGCAGCGAUUGCCGACGAGCAGAACAUGGCCAGCAGGCUCAACGAGAAGGUCCAAGAGGCCGAGGACGGUCAUGUCGAGCGCAGAUCGUAA